CUGAUUUGAUGCUUGCUCCUCCCCGCUGAGUGUCUUCUGGAGGCCAAGGUGAGAGGUGGAAGAGAAUGGCCACGGAGAUCAGUGCUCGGGGCAGAGAGCGUGCCAUUGGGCAAGAGGAGUAUAACCUGUAUAGCAGCCUGAGCGAGGAUGAGCUGGUCCAGAUGGCCAUUGAGCAGAGCCUGGCUGACAAGACUCGGGGCCCAACCACCACUGAGGCCGCUGUGUCCACACGUGUCAACCGCGAACCUGCACAUUUCUACCCGUGGACCAGGUCCGCUGUGUCUCCUGAGAGCGCCCCGACCUCAGCCCCCAAGGGCCUGUUCCAGGAGGUUAUGCAGAAAUACAACCGCAGCAAGUCCUCCCAGCUGGCGCCCGUGGACCCUGUGCUAAAGGCCAUCAAGGAAGGCGAUGAAGCGGCCUUGAAGGCGAUGAUCAAGGCGGGGAAGAACCUCGCAGAGCCCAACAAGGAGGGCUGGCUGCCACUGCACGAGGCGGCCUACUACGGCCAGCUGAGCUGCCUGAAGGUGCUGCAUCAAGCAUACCCGGCAGUCAUUGACCAGCGCACCCUGCAGGAGGAAACGGCCCUUUACCUGGCGACAUGCAGGGGACACCUGGACUGCCUCCAAUCCCUGCUCCAGGCUGGGGCUGAGCCCGACAUCUCCAACAAGGCCCGAGAGACACCACUCUACAAAGCCUGUGAACGCAAGAACGUGGAGGCGGUGAGGAUUCUGGUGCAGUACAACGCGGACACGAACCACCGCUGCAACCGAGGCUGGACGGCUCUGCACGAGUCUGUUGCUCACAAUGACCUGGAGGUCAUGGAGAUCCUGGUGAGCAGAGGUGCUAAGGUGGAAGCCAAGAAUGUCUAUGGCAUCACCCCCUUGUUCGUGGCCGCCCAGAGUGGGCAGCUGGAGGCACUGAGGUUCCUGGCCAAACACGGUGCUGAGAUCAACACACAGGCCAGCGACCAUGCGUCUGCCCUCUACGAGGCCUGCAAGAACGAGCACGAGAAGGUAGUGGAGUUCCUGCUGUCGCAGGGCGCCGACGCCAACAAGGCCAACAAGGAUGGCAUACUCCCGCUGCACAUCGCUUCCAAGAAGGGCAACUACAGGAUCGUGCAGAUGUUGCUGCCGGUGACCAGCCGCACGCGCGUACGCCGUAGCGGCAUCAGCCCGCUGCACCUGGCCGCCGAGCGCAACAACGACGAGGUGCUCGAGGCUCUGCUGAGCGCGCGCUUCGACGUGAACGCGCCCCUGGCGCCCGAGCGCGCGCGCCUCUACGAGGACCGGCGCAGCUCGGCGCUGUACUUCGCGGUGGUCAACAACAACGUGUACGCCACCGAGCUGCUGCUGCUCGCGGGCGCCGACCCCAACCGCGACGUCAUCAACCCCCUGCUGGUGGCCAUCCGCCACGGCUGCCUGCGCACCAUGCAGCUGCUGCUGGACCACGGCGCCAACAUCGACGCCUACGUCGCCACGCACCCCACCGCCUUCCCCGCCACCAUCAUGUUCUCCAUGAAGUGCCUGUCGCUGCUCAAGUUCCUCAUGGACCUCGGCUGCAACGGCGAGCCCUGCUUCUCGUGCCUGUACGGCAACGGCCCGCACCCGCCCGCCCCGUCGCCCUCCAACAGGUUCAACGACGCGCCCGCCUCGAACAAGGCGCCAGGCGUGGUCCAGUUCUGCGAGAUCCUGUCUGCCCCGGAGGUGAGCCACUGGGCAGGGCCCAUCAUCGACGUCCUCCUGGACUACGUGGGCAAUGUGCAGCUCUGCUCCCGGCUGAAGGAGCACAUUGACAGCUUCGAGGACUGGGCUGUCAUCAAGGAGAAAGCAGAACCUCCAAGACCCCUGGCUCACCUUUGCCGGCUGCAAGUUCGAAAAGCCAUUGGGAAAUACCGUAUAAAACUCUUGGACACGUUGCCACUCCCAGGCAGGCUGAUUAGAUACCUGAAAUAUGAGAACACCCAGUAA